AUGUUGAGAGAUGUCGGCUACUUGCUCUUGCUCGGUUCUAUCCCGGCGCUGAUACUCCUCCACCUGGUCGUCGCUCCAUACACUAAAGUAGAGGAGUCGUUCCAUAUUCAGGCCAUUCAUGACAUUAAGACGUUUGGGAUCCCUACGCGCAAUGUCUCUGAUGUGCUUCGCACAGAGUAUGAUCAUUUCACGUUCCCUGGUGCUGUCCCAAGGACAUUUGCUGGGGCUGUUGUGCUCUCGUCGCUCUCGGCUCCCUUCACAUGGCUUAAUCAAGACGUCAGCGGACAGUUCGCAGCUCGAGCUAUCCUGGGUUUAUUCAAUGCUCUAUCACUUCUGUCCUUUGCCCGUGGAUUGCGCCGCGUUGCUGGAAGAGCCACUGCGGCCUGGUACGUUCUUUUCCAGGCGAGCCAGUUCCAUGUCGUUUACUAUGCCUCGCGGACACUAUCCAACAUGUUCGCCUUUGGGAUGACUACCUUCGCACUUGCUGCUCUUCUCCCGGCGCCGGUGGACGGUCAGACAUACCGCAGGCAAAGCCGAGUGGCUCUGUACUUGAUAACGAUUGCUGGCAUUGUCUUUCGCGCUGAGCUGGCUCUCUUUCUUGCCACACAUACGAUCUUUCUCUUUGCCGCAGGCCGCAUCAGUAUCCAACACGACAUCAUUCCCGCCGGCAUUCUAGGCCUCAUCCUCGGUCUCGCCAUCACCGUCCCCGUGGACUCGUUCUUUUGGCAGGAACCCUUCCUCUGGCCGGAGCUGGCAGCAUUCAAAUUCAACGUCGUCGCCGGCCAGGCCUCCGCUUGGGGAACGCAUCCCUGGCAUUACUACUUUACCAAUGCUCUUCCACGUCUCCUCCUCAAUCCGCUAACCUACCUCAUCGGCAUCCCAGUAUCCCUCCUUCAACCCGCUACCCGCCGAAUCUCGGCAUCUCUCCUAAUCCCGUCACUCACCUACGUCGCCAUCUACAGCGCUCAACCGCACAAGGAAUGGCGCUUCAUCGUUUACGCAAUUCCCUCGCUGACAGCUGCCGCGGCGCUCGGGGCAUCCUAUAUUUGGACGCGUAGGGCUAAAUCCUUCAUCUACCGCCUCCUCUCCCUUGCAAUGGUCGGCUCAACCCUCGUCUCCUUCGCAAUCUCCUCCUUCAUUCUUCUUCCCGCAUCAUCUGCAAACUACCCAGGCGCACACGCUCUAAACGCCCUGCACACCCACGUCCUCGCCACCACACCAAGACCAGGAAACCCUCCCCUCCCUCUGAACAUCCACCUCGGGAACCUCGCCUGCCAAACAGGCAUCACCCGCUUCCUACAGCUCCCUUCUACCACACACAAAGACAGUGACAGCUCAUACAUAUCAUGGCACUAUGACAAAUCCGACUCGCCGUCCCAGAAGACGUCACCGGCCUUCUGGUCGCAGUUCGAUUAUAUACUUCUCGAACCGAACGAGGCAGAUGCCGUUCGCGCUUUGUCUACUGCGACUGAAUGGGAUGAGGUCGAGACGGUAACUGCUUUCGCGGGGAUACGGGUGCUUAGGCCAGGGGAUGAAGCUGGGACAGUUGUCGAGGAGAGACUCCUGAGGAAGGUCUUUGGGGGAAACGCUGGCGGAUUGUUUGAUUGGUGGAAGAGAUUUGUUGGACUCGCUCGGGGGAGAGUGACCAGGGGAUGGUGGGUUGAGGUGAGGAUGGAGCCGAGGAUCAGGAUUCUGGAGAAGGUUAGGGGGUAA